GCAGCAGCGAGCGGGAAGUAGCUUCCAGUGGGUCUUCGCUGCGAAGAGCCCCCCGCUGCAGAGUCAGACCGUGACUUUCGACCAUCGUCGCGAGGACAUUUCUACCGCGCGGCGACAUCCCGGUCCUCGCAACUUCAAAGGGCUCGGUUUUAGAAUCAGGUUUAGGUUAGGGUCAGGGUAAGGGACUUGGGAAUGCACUAUGUGAAUAAGGGUCCUCACAAGUGUAGAAAGACCUCCACCAAGGAGGUCAUGCCGGAUCACACGAAAACUACUGAACCGAUCUGCAGGAAACUCGGUUUAGGGACGGGGCCUGGACCAGGGAAAUCCGAGAUUUCAAUUGAUGUUUGAACCAGAAUCUUCCUGAUAAAAUGAUGCAUUCACUGACAAAUUACUGCGACUAAUCUUCCCUAUAAACUGUAUAUAAAGUCAUGACUCAGCUCCUGAUUCACCGGGGUGGAGGUUGUUCAACACACAUCAAUCCUCCAUGUUAGGACUCAACACAGAACAGCUUUUGUUCUUCUCUUCCUUUUGCUUUCUGAGGAGCAUUUUCACCCAUAAAGCAGUUUAAUAAAACAACCAAGUGUCUGAGCAAAGACCAGAACUUGUCCCUUUGAAAUGGACACGAAACAGCACAAAGAGCAAACUGUGAUGAAUGAAUGAAAAGACCCUGAAACUCAUUGAUUCACAGGAAAACUAAAAAAGACAGAAACACAAUGAAAUACAGCAGAAAAAAAAGAUAUGAAAAACACACGACGAUGUUUUAGAUCAGUGGGUCCCAAACUGAAUUUGAGGGCAGUGGUGGAAAGUAACUGAGUACAUUUACUCAAGUAGUUAGAUGUCCUCGUGUUUUACUUGAGUAUUUCCAUUUUCUGCUGCUUUCCACUUGUACUGCAGUAGGUGUAUCUGACAGCGUAGUUUCUGUUUAAGAUGAUUAAGAUUUUGCAGAAAGAAACCAACACAAACGUAUAAAAUCCAACACGUUUUCUGAUGUCGAGGCGGCGGUGAGAAUCCGACCAGCGCUGUAUGAGAGCUGCGUUUGCUCUUCCUCCCUCUCCCGCUGAUCAUCAUCAUUCAGCGGCCGAUGGGCGAGUUCCUAGCGUUAUUAUCGGACACCUUGAGACCCGGGGAGCCGGGCUCUUCUGGACCCAGAGGACGGAUCACCACACUGACACGGGAGCUGUGAAAUUCAAGGAAGCCGAUUCCUCCCAACUGUCGGAUGUCAGAGCGUCUUUAAAUGCGACUCGAGCUCAGAGUUGCAGCCUGUGCAGGUCGAUUUUUCUAGAAGGAAACUGAUGUGCAGCUGCAGCCAAAGGUCCGGCUCAGUCUGGCACGUGGACUCGGUCUGAGCAGGACUUCACAGACCUGACUGAAGAAUCGACGUUGUUGGCUGAGUCUGAGCAGCAAGACAUUUAUCAGUGACCUCGCCCUCGCCACAGCCAACUCUCACCCGAUCACCUGAUCGAUCACAUGCCUGAUCAGAGAGCCAGCUGUUCAGGAUGUGGACCAGGAUACCGCAGCCCGCUGGACGCAAUGAAGGGUCCUCGGGAGGAGAUCGUCUACCUGCCCUGCAUCUACCGCAACACCGACGUUCUGAAACCUGACUACCUGGCUACUGUCGACGUGGACCCAAAAUCCCCCACCUACUGCCAGGUGAUCCACCGGCUGCCGAUGCCAAACCUUCGCGACGAGCUGCAUCACUCCGGCUGGAACGCCUGUAGCAGCUGCUUCGGAGACGCGUCGAAGAAAAGAAACCGCCUGAUUCUGCCAUCUCUCAUCUCCUCGAGAAUCUAUGUGGUCGAUGUCGGGACGAAUCCCAGAGCGCCGCAGAUGCACACGAUGGUGGAACCUGUGGAUCUUUACUGGAAGUGUGACCUGGCAAACCCUCACACUUCUCACUGUCUGGGCAAUGGGCAAAUCAUGAUCAGCUGCAUGGGAGAUCCUUCCGGCAAUGGCAAGGGUGGUUUCAUUCUGCUGGACGGUGAGACCUUCAAGGUGGUCGGUAACUGGGAGCAUCCAGGCGAAGCAGCGCCCUUUGGGUAUGACUUCUGGUACCAACCUCGACACAACGUAAUGAUCAGCACCGAAUGGGGCGCACCUAAAGCUCUGGCUGAUGGUUUUAAUCCUGCCCACAUCAAGGAAGGUCACUAUGGCAGCUCCAUCCAUGUUUGGGACUGGACCACCCACAGAAAGCUGCAGACGCUCGAUCUGGGUGAGGAGGGUGCUAUUCCUCUGGAGGUCCGAUUCCUCCACAACCCCAGUGCCACCGAGGGCUACGUAGGAUGUGCUCUGAAAUCAACUGUCUUCAGAUUCUACAAAACACCAGAGGGGGACUGGGCAGCAGAGAAGGUGAUCAGUGUUCCCAGUAAGAAGGUGGAGGGAUGGAUGCUGCCUGAGAUGCCCGGUCUGAUCACAGACAUCCUGGUGUCAUUGGACGACCGUUUCCUCUACUUCAGUAAUUGGCUGCACGGUGACAUCCGACAGUAUGACAUCACAGACAGGAGGAACCCCCGAUUGGUCGGCCAGGUGUUUGUGGGAGGAAGUAUUGUCAGUGAUGGACCCGUCCUCAUCCUGGAGGACCCUGAGAACCAGCCACAGCCCCGCCCAUGCAUUAUCAAGGGGAGGCGUGUCUACGGAGGUCCUCAGAUGUUACAGUUAAGUUUGGAUGGUCAGAGACUUUAUGUGACGACGUCUCUGUACAGCAGCUGGGACAAACAGUUCUACCCAGACAUGCUCAAAGAGGGCUCAGUGAUGAUGCAGAUCGAUGUGAACUCUGUUAGUGGAGGUCUCUCCCUGAAUGAAAACUUCCUGGUGGAUUUCGGUAAAGAACCAGGCGGUCCGGCUCUCGCCCACGAGCUGCGAUAUCCAGGAGGAGACUGUACGUCAGAUAUCUGGAUGUGAGGGCAUCAAACUACAGACCCAAGAUCUGACGUCUCAGACAAGAUGUUAAAACGUCUCCGCCUUCAAAUGACAAGAUAAAUCCAGGCUGGAGUUUGUCUUUAAUGGUCCCAUCUAGAAAAAAACUGUGAAAAACAGAUAAUUUUUACAUGUUUUGGUUCCUUUGGGCUUUAAAAAUAAAAAACAAAUUAAUUAUUUCCAACUGACCACACUUUUUUUUUUUUAACUCUGAGCCGUCACAUAAAUAUUUUCUCCAAUUAUAUGAAAUAAAUUCGACUUAACAGUCACAAAAAUGAUGUGCAAACUGAAAACCAAACAGACUAAAGCAUUAAUAUCUGACAGUUAUAAAAUAAACAAUAUUUAACAAAUAUAAUAAUAACAAGAGCAGCAGCAAUAGCAAUUGUAGUUUAUUUAGUUGCACAAAUAACGAGAUAAAAACAACCCAUCAUAGGAGUAUGUGAACAUCUCAGAAUUAGAAUUGAUUAGAAUUAGUAUUAAAAUAAUCAUUAGUUGCAGCCUGAUAUAAAAGCUAAAAAUCAGCUUCAUGUCAACCAGCUACAGCAGUAAAAUGCUGUUUACACAUUUUUCUGCUCUGAGUACUUUGGCUUAUAAUACUUUCAGGACAUUUUCCUGAUUAUACUUUUACUUCAGCGACAUUUUCAGUGCAGGACUUGUAAUGAAUCAUACUGAAAACAGUCUGUGAUCGGACAACUUUGUAUUCGAUGGGCAUUUUCCGUCUUUGUCUCAGUGAUGAUUUCAAAGUAAAAUGAAUGUUUCUCACUCAGGUUUAUCAGACAUUGAACAUUUUGUCUCAUUUAGUGUCAUAGAAAUAAUCCCAUUUUUCAUUUUGUGGUCAAUUAAGUUUCUUCUCAGUCAGAAGUUUGUUUCUUUUCUAUAAAUCCGGCAGAUGUUUGUGAAUAUUCAUGUGUCAGACUCAAUAAUCAGGCUGUGACUCUCCUACAUGUCAGCUGGGUUUUCUGUAUCUGUGAAAUAAAACUCACCUGUUUGACUGUAACUGGUGUCACCUGUCGGCCAGUGUUGUUCCCUGCAGCGCCCCCUGUCGCUCAAACUGUAAACAUGAUGUUGAAAUAAAGCACAGUGUCUGAAAAUUC